GACCAUAUCUUGAGUGCGGAGGUUGGGGAAAGGUGGCCUUUCCAAGCCUAGAAAAAAGGUUGGAGUGGAUGGUGCAUCAGGGCUGGGAUAUGGGGGGAAGUCCCUAGGACUUUGAUGAAAUACAAUACCACGAAUGCUAGAACCCGUGGGUGAUGGAGGGCUACUCGCCAGGGUUUGCCGCAGAAUUUCAGGGGAAACGACUCUGAUUUUGCUAAGCUCGGUACUGAAACUGCCAUCCUCCAGCGUGCUCAAGGAGGCAACAGAGUAGGCGUUAGUUCGUGACCUAUUUGGACAGAGGAAUGGAUCUUGGAAGGUCACAAAGACACAUCCAAGUCGCCUCACCCUCCACUGCCUCGCAGUCCCACCAAUAUUUUGCCGCGCUCCCGGUCUCCGGCAGGGGCCGCUGCAGCCGGGGUGCGACACCAGGAGUCGGUGCGCUCCUCCCCAGACCUCUCGUGCCUGCACCGUCCCCACCGCCUUUUGCAGGUUCGUCUCGGGCCCUGUUCGGGCUCCCAGCUUUGUCAAGGCUCCGCGCGCCGCAUCCCGCGCAUGCGCGCCUGGGUGCGGGUGGGUACCGCAGCGACCUUGUGGGCGGCUGGAUGGGCUACGCGUAGGAGAGAAACCCAAGAGAGCAGCUGGGCCCGGGAAGGCAGUGACCGGAAGGAAGGGCACUUUGGCUAAGCCUGCCCAGGGAAGUAAUCCUUCAACAAAAACCUAUGCGACCGCUCCCGGUCGCUCCCGGACGUCUCUUCUCCCAGCUGUGUUGUGGACCGAAGCCUUCAGCCUCCCCACAGAGCAAGAUCUGCCUCACCAUGGCUCGUCCAAGUUCCAAUAUGGCAGAUUUUCGGAAGUGUUUUGCGAACGCAAAGCACAUAGUCAUCAUCUCGGGGGCUGGUGUUAGUGCGGAGAGUGGGGUUCCAACAUUCAGAGGAACCGGAGGCUAUUGGAGAAAAUGGCAAGCUCAGCACCUGGCGACUCCUCUGGCCUUUGCUCACAACCCCUCACAGGUGUGGGAGUUUUACCACUACCGGAGGGAGGUCAUGCGGAACAAGGAACCCAACCCUGGGCACCUGGCCAUUGCCCAAUGUGAAGCCCGGCUGCGUGACCAGGGCAGACGGGUUGUGGUCAUCACCCAGAACAUUGAUGAGUUACAUCGAAAGGCUGGCACCAAGAACCUGCUGGAAAUCCACGGAACCUUAUUUAAAACUCGGUGUACCUCGUGUGGCAAUGUUGCUGAGAACUACAAGAGUCCGAUUUGUCCAGCCUUAUUGGGAAAAGGGGCCCCAGAACCAGAUACUCAAGAGUCCAGAAUCCCAGUCCACAAACUUCCCCGGGGAGUGAGUUCCAGGCAGGGCUUCUCUUUGUAACCCUGGCUGUCCUAGAACUCACUCUGUAGGCCAGGCUGGCCUCCAACUCACAGAGAUCUGCCAGCCUCUGCCUCCGGAGUGCUGGGACUAAAGACAUGCGCCACUACCGCCUGGCCAAGAAGUGAGAUUUUCAAAGCUAUCCCGAUGGCCCAGGCUUGUAAUCCCUGCUGUUUCAAAGGUAGAGGCAGGAGGAUCACAAGUUCAUGGCUGGCCUGCCCCACGAGUGUAUUCAAAGUCAGCCGGGGCAAUUUAGCCAGCCUAGGAGCAAAAAGUCAAAAAGAAUUUGGGGAGUCAGCCUGUUGGUAAACUCCUGCUUUACCACCUGUUUACCGCCUGCAGAGCCCAGGUUUAAGGGAGAGGUAGAACAAGGUAGAGGAGAGAGAGGAUCUAGGCACAGAGCACAUGGCUGUAGACCAGGCUCAAAAAACAAGAGAGCUGAGAAAGCAAAUGGAGGUCAUUGGUGGAAAGAGGUGGUUCUCGUGUUAAGGCAGCCCUGUGCUCUGUCUGGCCAAUGGGAAUGCGUCUGCAGCAGCGAGUGCGGUAACCAGGGGGAGAAACAAGCUUUUAGCAAGGUCAAGCUUAGUUGAAACAGUGUCUACACAGCUCAGGGAAUGAAGACAAGGUAAGAGCUCUAGAGAAGAGUCACCUCAGUGCCCACAUCCCCGGCAAGUUCCCAUUCACUGGCCUGCGUGGCAGCCUAGUUUUCCCGGGAUCCUGGAUAGUCCAGACCCCAGUGACAAUCUAAGGAGGACCCUC